GAGGAGUGGGGCACUGCUGGACCCUGCGCAGCGAGCGCUGUACCGGGACGUGAUGCUGGAGACGUACCAGUGCGUGGCCUCGCUGGCUCCACUUCCAGCCCCCAAACCCGUGCUGAUCUCCCUGCUUGAAGGAGGAGAAGAGCCCUGGAUCCCAGAUGUGCGUAGCCCUGAGGCCGUGCCAGGAGACCUCAGCCCAGCAGGAAGUGGGAUUACAGCUAUGUUGGAGGAUCUGCAGGAGAGUGGUGUGGCUGAAGAGCGGUGGGGUAGUGUCUGUGUGGAGGAAAUCAGAAGGGAUGUCCAAGGAGGGCUGGAGCAAGGUCAGGGUGAGCUCAUCUUGAAGCCACUGGGGAAGCAUCUGGGAAAGACAGGAAGCAGCCCACUGGACUUCAACAUAGGUCAAAAGGGGCCUGAAGAACCCAGGAGCAAGGAUGUGUGCCAGAAGAAAAAGCGGAAUCCAUGCACUGAGUGUGGAAAUAGCUUUGAAAAAGAUUCCAGCGUCGUUAACCACCAGUGCAGACACUCAGCAGUGAGUCCAUACAAGUGCUCUGAGUGUGGGAAGAGCUUCAAAUGGAUUUCCCACCUCUCCUACCACCAACGCAUCCACACAGGAGAGAGACCCUACAGCUGCUCUGAGUGUGGGAAGAGCUUCAAAUGGAGAUCCCAACUCACCUCCCACCAACGCAUCCAUACAGGAGAAAGACCCUUUCAGUGCUCUGAGUGUGGGAAGAGCUUCAAAAGCAGUUCAUACCUCAGGUCCCACCACUACAUCCACACAGGAGAGAAACCCUACAAGUGCUCUGAGUGUGGGAAGAGUUUCAAAAGCAGAUCUGAAUUGAAGAUGCACCAGCGUGUACACACAGAGGUGAGACCCUACAAGUGCUCUGAGUGUGGGAAGAGCUUCAAAAACCGUUCCCACCUCACCUACCACCAGCGCUUCCACACGGGGGAGAAACCCUACAAGUGCUCUGAGUGUGGGAAGAGCUUCAAAAGCAGCUCUGAACUGAAGAUACACCAGCGUGUACACACAGGGGAGAGACCCUUUCAGUGCUCUGAGUGUGGGAAGACGGUAAAAAGCCGUUCCCACCUCACCUACCACCAGCGAUUCCACACGGGGGAGAGACCCUACAAGUGUCCUGAGUGUGGGAAGAGCUUCAAAAGCAGUUCUGAACUGAAGUGCCACCACCGCAUCCACACAGGGGAGAGACCCUAUGAGUGUCCACAGUGUGGGAAGAGCUUCAGGAGGAGUUGUGAAUUGAAGAAUCACCAGUACACCCACACAGGAGUCACCCUUUCAGUGUUCUGAAUGUGAGAAGAGCUUUAAAUGAAGAUCUGGCCUCAGCACCCACAAGAACAUCCACCGUGCACACUGUUCUGUAGAAGCAUCUCAAGACUCUGGGAACCUUCAAAAGCAGUUCCAGCCCCGUUACCUACCAGCACAGCCAUACAAGGUACAGAGCCUGCAGGGCCCCAAAUAUGGGAAGAGCUUUAAGCCAGAGCCCAAGCCUGGUGACCAACUGUGGCUUUGUGUGGUGAUGAACCUUACAAAUUCCUUAAGUAGUGGAAGAGCUCUGCAGCCAAACUGAAUCCUCUUUUCCUUCUUCACAUGAGAAUUAUGCAUAUUGCUCUCCUUCAGCUGCAGUUGCUGUGUUGAGUGGCCGUACAAAGGAGAAUGCAGAGUGGGAUGUGACCCAAAGGAAACCUCAGCUAGGCCUAUAUGUCACUAGGAAGGAAGAAAUCCUGUCUGCAGGGAGUGUGUGAGAAGAGCUUCAUCUGGAGCUCUACCCUCAGUAGAUCCCAGAGAACCAAUGCAAGAGGAGAGUCUCUGUGAGUGCCUUGACUGCAGGAAGAGGUCUGUCCACAGCUGGGAGCUCAUCAGACACCCGUGGAUCCACGUGAGGAACCCUACAAAUGUGCAGCCUGUGAGAAGAGCUUUGGUCACAGCUCGAACCUGCUGAGGUACCAGAGCGUCUGCACUUGGGUGAGGUCCAAUCCAUGCCUGCACCAGUGAGUUCACGUGGCAGGAAGCCUUAGACAUGUCUUGAGUGUGAGCAGGGCUUUGUCCAGAGUGCAGAGCUCUUCACUGGCCCUGCAAAUUUUCUGGUGCAUCACUGGCACCCUGUGCAGAAGGGACUUAACCCAGGAGCUUCAGAUGGCCUUUCCUUGCUACCCAAAGCAGUUCUCUCACCAUGCCUGCUUUCUUCUUCUGCUCUUCCUGCCAGCAGCUUUUUGAUGCCGUUUCCUAAGGAGAAGCGUCUGUGUAGGGAUGUUCUGUGUGUCUGUGUGCAUGUGUUGCUGUCAGUAAUUUGUGAGUGCACUGAUGAAUCUGAGAGAAGGGUCAGGAGAGCAGUAACGGAGGUUUUUUGAACAUCAUCUGUAGAGGAACGGGAAGAGGAUGAAUAAAGUAGCUGAAUUGUAUUGA